AUGAGAUCCUUGACUCUUAUACUGGCCCUUUUAGGCCUCACUCUGGCAGCCGACCAUGACCUGGAAAUCGCGGCUGGUAUCGACGAUCAAGCCAAGGCAGCGUACUUUGUUCUAUCCUCCGAGGGGUAUGUCUUUGCGCUGAACGUGGCCGAGAAUGGCGAUGUGUUCUACCACAUGAAUGCGCCGGCCUCGCAUUCAUGGAUGGGAGUCGGAUUUGGAAGCAGCAUGGAGAACGUGCGGAUGCUCAUUUCGUACAUCGGCGAAGACGGCCAUACUUUGAUCAACUCAUGCCGUAUGUCGACCGGUCAUACAGAACCCGAGUGGGAAGAGGACUGCCGCAUCGACAAUGUCUACACCGACAAGUACGCCCCAUUCUCAAACACCCUCAGCCCGGACGGAAUCAUGAUCGCACACGCAGUAUGCCGAAACUGCUCCAGCUGGGCGACUGGGAGUAUAGACAUCAAGAACCAGCAGCAGCCUUUUAUUUACGCCUUGGGGCCGAAUGAGACAUUGCAUUCAAAUCACCCGAACGCAAACCUCAGGCAACAUUCAGUCUACGGAACUUUCAAUCUAGACAUGACUGUUGCGACCAAUUACACCGGAACAUAUGGAAGAGUACCUGCGCCGCAAGAUCCAGGGCUCCAAGUGGGAGACUCAUUCUGGGCUUUCGCGAACUACUUCUCUAGCACCGCGUACAACACCGGAACAUUGGACGAAUGGGCACCCGUGGCACAUGCAGUGUUCAUGUGUCUCGCAUUCCUUCUUAUCUUCCCUCUCGGGGCCAUUUCACUGCGACUCACACGAAGGGCUACUUUCCAUGCGUUUGCACAAAUGAUCGGCACGGCUUUUGUGAUUAUCGGCCUUGGUCUAGGUGUUUAUGCAUCGAAGUUGUACAACAAGUCGAAAAACUUCAACUCAGCUCACCAAGUCAUCGGCCUGAUCAUAUUCGCAGCUCUGUUCCUUCAAAUUGGCCUAGGAUUGAGCCACCAUCUCAUCUUCAUGCGAUCGGGAGUACCAACCAUCAUGGGCAAGAUCCACCGCUUCUUCGGCAUCUCCAUCAUCAUCCUGGCCCUCAUAAACGGAGGUCUGGGUUUCAACUUCGCCCAAGAUGACCACGACAACGUCCCCUAUGGCAUCGUAGUAGCAGUCAUGGCCGUCAUUUUCGGCGUACUCACCUUCUUCGUCUGGAGCUACAGCCGAAAACACCUCUACAAGCCCGAGAAAGAAGGCUUCGCUCAGAAUUACGGCGACGAGCCACCCGCUGAGUACGAAAUGCAAGGCGGGACAUACGUCCAAACACCCCGAACACCUUUCUUCCCCGGCACGCUGAAAAGCGACCCUCACGACCCGGAAGAUUUCCGAAGCCAUCUGAUACGAAGUCAAACGGGCGGCAAGGAGAGUCUUUACACCGACACGCCCGCCUCAGAUCGAGAGAACCCGUUCAAAGGAAAAUGGGAAGCUGUGCCUCUUCGAUGA